UAAAUAUUACAAUCCCUUUGCGACAAGCAUGCGACGAAACCCUUCAUGACGCGAAACGGUGCGAUUCGGAGGCCUUGGAAUAUUCCCUUGCCAUCACCAACAAGCGCAAUCCAACCCCUAUAAAUACACCGAGUAAAUCCUUAUCCGACUAGUCAACACCCGUCAACUGUUCGCGCCGUACCACAUUAAUGAAGGCGAUGGCCAACGCACAACUUAUGCAAGAGGAGCUUCAACAAAGUGUAGUACUGUCCGAAGAGGAUGCUGAAUUUGAGGAAGAUUUACCCAACGACACAGUGAUGAUGGACAGCGCCUCCCUUCCGCCUCCUGACACCUCAGGAGGUCAAGAUUACAUACAGCACAACCAUGCGGUAGUAGACUACGAUAGCCGCGGGGAGAACGAAGUCGACGAUGGAAGUCCAGGCGAUGAAGGGCGUCAAGCCGAAAUAGACUACGAGAUGGAAGACGUACCAGCCGAAGAGGACGAUGCCGAUCAUGAAGAGGAGGAUUCUAGCGUUGAAGAUGGAGAUCCUCAUGAUGAUGAUGACGAUGCUUUCGACGUUGACGCCGAAGGGGAGGAAGAUGAAGAACCCGUCAGCCACCAGCCCGUCGAUCCAAAUGGAGUUUCCAGCGAUGAAGACGAGGCGGAGCACGAAGUCGCCGAAGAAGAUGAUGAGAACGAAGGAGUUGGAGCUGUUAAAAUAAAACCUGGCGACACCGAUGAGGAAGAUAGCGAGAGCGAAGAUGACAUCAGUCUAGCCUCGGGCUCUAGCGAUCGAGAAUCUGCGGCUGAAUGGGAAGAGGCCGUCGAGAACGAGGAGGAGGAUGAAGAUGAAUCCGAUGCCGUCGACCCCAAUAACUGCAUAUUCUGCAAGAAUAGCGAGGAAAACGAUCCAGCAGAGGAAUUCGAGGCCUACCUCUCCUGCAAAGGCUGUGGCGAACACGCCCACCAGCAAUGUGCCCGUGAUGAAGGAGCUCUUGAUGAUAAGAAUAACGAAUUGAAUUGGAAAUGUCCAGAUUGCGCAGCCGAUGAUGUGGGUUCCGAUUCUGAAGCCGAGUUUGUUCGCGAGAACAUAGGAAGUGAUCACGACAUUGAGCCAGACGGUGUCGAUGUUGAUGAUAAUGAUCUAUCGCCUACAUCAGCCAGCCGAGCGGCUGCUCCUAAAUUUGCUCGAGAUCUGCUUCCUUCCCAACGUGGUCUAAACAAGCCAGACUCCCAUUCAGUUUUCAAUCAAUUAGUUCUCGAUGAAGAUCCCAUGGAUGGUUCGCGAGUCCUACGAAGAAGGAAGACGUCGUCAACUGAGCCUAUCCCCGAUGAAGAAGUAAUGUCGCUACGCAAACGAAGAAGGAACACAUCGGAUGAAUCCAUCCAAGAUGAAGCUAAUCAGGAACAAGCUAAUGUGACGGAGUCCUCGACUAGGGCCCGGUCAGGGCGAUCCCUGCGGCACAAAGCGUCAAACUCAGAGGCAUUAUGUACUGUCGUCAAGAAGUCGCGGUCUAGUCUCGUUGUGAAAAUGCGAGUGGGUGCCACCGAGUUGCAUAAACUUUCCCAUAAUUCAAGGUCGAAGAGAAGAAAACGAACCGGCCGGGUAGCCGCAUCUCGCCCUUCUCGAUCCUCAAGAAAAAUUACAACAACACGAGCCGCGGCUGUUGCAGAACCACUUCCCAUGGCCCCAUUCUUCCCUUCCAGCUAUUCCCAACCUUUCUAUUCAUUCUACGAUAAAGAGCCAGAUGAACUUAAGGGCAAGCCGUAUGGUGGUAUAUUAUCCGAAGAACAAGCAGACACAACAAAAACCCUGCCGACCAAAGAUGAUCGACGAAGGUUUGAUGAGGCCAAACAAAAGGCUGAAGAAGAGUGGAGGAAUCGCUUGCUUGCUAUGCAAGCCGAAGCCGAAGUACCAGUGAAGAAAUCAAGAAAACAAUCUGGUCCUGCAAGCCAAAUCGAGUGCAUCGAAUUUGGCGGCUGGGAAAUUGACACCUGGUAUGCGGCUCCGUACCCCGAAGAAUACAGCCGUAAUCGAGUGCUGUAUAUCUGCGAGUUUUGUUUGAAAUACAUGAACUCGGAUUAUGUCGCUUGGCGACACAAGCUGAAGUGCCCGGCAAAACACCCUCCUGGUGACGAGAUAUAUCGACAUGGAUCUAUUUCGUUUUUUGAGGUCGAUGGUCGAAAAAAUCCAGUAUAUUGCCAGAAUCUCUGCCUUUUGGCCAAACUCUUCCUUGGUUCCAAGACAUUAUACUACGAUGUCGAACCAUUCUUAUUCUACGUACUUUGCGAGUAUGAUGACCUAGGUUAUCACUUUGUCGGAUACUUUUCCAAAGAAAAACGAGCGAGUAGUCAGAAUAACGUGAGCUGUAUUCUCACAUUGCCCAUCCAUCAGCGAAAAGGAUAUGGCCAUCUACUCAUCGAUUUCUCGUAUCUCCUAACGAAGGUGGAGGAGAAAACUGGCUCUCCUGAGAAGCCACUUUCUGAUAUGGGACUUGUCUCGUACCGAAACUACUGGAGAUUGAUCAUUUGCAAGUACCUCAUUGACCACACGCCUGAGGACAAAUCCCAGAGGAAGGGUAUAAGUAUCAGACAGAUAUCCGAUGAUACAGGAAUGACUCCUGAUGAUGCAAUCUCGGCCCUUGAGGCUCUUCGUUUCCUCGUUCGAGAUCCUGUCACCCAAGUCUACGCUUUCCGGGUCGACCUAGCCUACUGCCACAAGGAGGUUACAAAAUGGGAAGCGAAGAACUAUGUUAAGCUAAAUCCCAAAAACCUCACCUGGAUGCCAUAUGUCAUGGGUCGCAGCAACGCUACGAACUUCGAAUUGGGGCCAGCUCUUAAUACGAUUGCUCCCCGAGAGGAAGAUGAAGAUGUAAAGACUGUCCAGACCCUUGCGGAGAGUGGUAUAGCAACUGGUGAUUUUGCUAUAACUCAACCCACAGCACCAAAGUUUCUUCCAGAUGCGGAGCCUUCUGUUCUUGAAUCGACAGAACCAAACGACAAUGCCCCUGUUGACACCAAAGAAGAUAUAAAACCAAACGGAAUUGGCAAAGAAAAUGCCGAUAUUUCCAACGGUCAAUCAGAGGAUCAGAUUACCUCGACUAGUACCGGUGCGGACAUCCCAGAUGAUGAAAAUAGCUGGCUAAAGCCGUAUGAAUCGAUCCCUGUUUCUAGGUUCACUGUUUUUCCUCCUAUCAACAAUCGACGCACGGCUGUGUCGCGCCUCAACUCAACUGUCGUCAGACCAGCACCAUUGCCGCGUAUACCCCCUCCGACUUCACGACGAGUCGCACGCCCCAAAGUCCGUCGUACAACCGGAACCCCUAAAGUUCGCAAAACGCCAAAGGCGAGCUCUGGGAAGCGCAAACCUGGCGGUACCGGCCGCGGUCCUGGUCGUUGGCCAAAGGGCACCAAGAAAAGCGACUACGGCAACGCCGAUAGUGGUCCUGGUUUGCCCCCAGCGUGGAUUGAGAAACAACGACAGACGAGCGUAGCUAAAUCAGUCGACGAUACCAACACCCAGGAUACGGUGCAGGUGCAAGUAACGGAGACUAGUAAGAGCCAUAAAGGAAAGCAGACCGCUUCCCUCUCCGCUAUCUCAGCCGAUGAUGUUGAUGGAGGCGGAGCUGUUUUAUCAAAUGAUGUCAACGCUGAUACUGUAAUGAGUGGGGUUGGCAACGAGGAGGGCGAAGGGGUAGAGGCAGGACCGGCAUAAACUACCUUGCCCCCUCGAGUGAGCAUUCGAGGCGAUUGUUCGAAUGCUGGAAUGUAAGAUGGAGCGUUCGUGUAUAUUUCAUAAUGCCGCCGCUGGUGUGCUUUUAAGCAGGCUUCUUUAAAAAGAGAAUAUACCGGUAAGGCAGAACAAACGGGUAGGGCGCGUCGCUACUAGUUAGUUCGGAAAGAGACGGGGAUUGGGCGUCUAGGCGACGAAUGGAUUACCUAUCGAUACUUGCCCAACCUACACAGCCACUACUGCUUCUUGCUUCGCAGUUAGGGGCUGAUUAGGUGGUUGCAGUGCCUAUGUGAUUUAGAUACCUACUUAAUGGAUUGCUUGAUUUGUGCGUUGUUCGGCUUGUUCGUGAUGUGUCUGGAGAUUUGAAGAUGUAAGGGUUGUAUAAGAAUCUGAUGUGUAAACUUAUUGCCUAGAAACUUUAUAACUACCUACCGAAGCAUUGGUUAGCAAAAUGACAUGUAGUUCUUGUUGGU